CUUUCCUCUCCUUAUUACCUCAUUGAUCACCUUAAUUCACCCUCUCUCCCACUUCUUUCCUUUUUCCAUCAAAGAAUACCACAAUUUCCUUUUCUCUUUAAAAAGACUUGAAGACCAAGAAAACCAGACCAAAAUAAGAAAACAAUCACCAAUUUUUAACCCAGAAGAUUCUUUGAAAUCUCAUCAAGAAAACAGAGGAAAGCUAUGAAGCUUGUUUGGUCUGCUGAAACUGCCUCAAAGGCCUUUAUUGAUACUGUCAAGACUUGUAAACUCUCUCAUGAAUCAAGUGUGGCAGAGCUAAUAUCAGCCAUGGCGGCUGGAUGGAACGCUAAAUUGAUUGUGGAAACAUGGUCAAAAGGCGGGAUGAUGCAGACAAGCAUUGGCCUUGCAAUUGCGAGCCACUACGCCGGUGGGAAACAUGUUUGCAUUGUUCCAGAUGAAGAAUCGAAGACAGAGUACGUUCAGGCAAUGGAGAAAGCCGGGAAACCGGUGCCGGAAGUUAAGGUCGGGAAGCCGGAAGAGUUGGUGGGGGGAAUAGAGGGGAUAGAUUUCAUGGUGGUGGAUUCCAGCAGGAAAGAUUUCGCAAACAUUUUCAGGGUUGCUAAAUUAGGGGAAAGGGGUGCUGUUUUGAUCUGCAAGAACGCCAGCUCCAGGGCCGCCUCUGAUUUUGGGUGGCGGAAUGUUCUUGACGGGAAAACCAGAAUUGUCCGGCAUGUUUUUCUUCCGGUGGGGAAUGGUUUGGAUAUCGUGCAUGUUGGGGCAACCAUUUCUGGUCCGAAGAAGGGUCCGAGCAGGUGGAUUAAACACGUUGAUCGGAAAACAGGAGAGGAGAUUUUCAUCCGAACUUGAUUUUUUUUUUUUUUAUCUGUUGAUUAAAUUUUAACCCCAUCAGUGAUAAAAAUUAGUCAUUGGAAUUGGGAAAAUCUAGAAGGAAAAGGGAAUGAAUAGUCAGUCAUUAGGAAUUCAAGAAAAAAGAAUAGUAGUAGAAAAAAACAUUUUCUGUUUUGAAUUGUAACUGAUGAAGGUUAAAAAAGGGAUUUUUCCAGUUGCAAUCAGCUAGAUUGUACAUAGCAUAUAAAGUUCUCUUCAUUAUUAUUAGUCUGAGAUUUUAAUAUAAAAUCUUUUUUUCUUUCUGCGCAAUUUGUUUUUAUAUAGACAGAAGGGAAAUAAAUGUGUAAAAUUUGCUUCUUUCGGGUCA